AGCACUCCAGUCUCCAAAGACUUUGUCUUCAACGUAGAAUAUCCUUUUCCUCAAUUCUUACUCUGUCUUUCUCUCUCUCUCUCUCUAUGUACUGUCUACUGUUGGGAAGGAAGUUGGAAGCCAUAGCUAAGGAAGGAGAGCUCCUAAGGCGAUCCGUAUACUAAAAAAGGCAACUGUAACACCAAGCACCACGUACAUUAUAUCAAAAUGGUGCUGUGACUUGCUUUCGAUGGAUAAGGAUCUCAAAUUAUUAUCACUUUUAGCAUAUUUGUUUUUACAGGAUUAAUUAGUAGGAUGGACGAGAGAUUGCUUGGAUCAGACCCAAAAGAGAAUAGCAGUCUGUCAAGGAGGAUAUGGGUGGAAACGAAAAAAAUAUCCAAGAUAGCAUUUCCUACUAUGAUAGCUAGGGUUACUCAAUUUGGAAUGUUUGUGGUGACACAGGCAUUUAUAGGACAUCUUGGUGAACUGGAUCUUGCGGCUUAUGCACUCAUACAAAUCAUUACUGUUCGGUUUGUGAAUGGGAUACUGCUGGGCAUGUCAAGUGCCACUGAGACUCUAUGUGGGCAAGCAUUUGGAGCAAAGCAGUACCACAUGAUGGGAAUAUACUUGCAACGCUCAUGGAUCAUCAACAUUGUUGCUGCAACAAUCUUGCUCCCCGUCUUCAUCUUCUCAACACCCCUCUUCAAACUACUCGGCGAGGAAGAUGACGUUGCAGAAAUUGCUGGUUAUAUCUCUCUCUGGUUCAUUCCAGUUCUCUACUUUUUUCCCUUUUCCUUCAGCAUUCAAAAGUACUUACAAACGCAGCUCAGAAACCCUAUUGUCGGAUGGCUCUCUGCUCUCUCUUUUGUGCUUCAUGUUCUCUUGUCAUGGAUUUUUGUGAACAAACUGAGCUUGGGGAUUCCUGGUGCAAUGGGUGCGAUGAUCAUAUCAUAUUGGUUAGUGUUAAUUGGAAUGUUCUGGUACGUGUUUGGAGGUUGGUGCCCCAACACAUGGAGCGGUUUCUCAAUAGCUGCUUUUAGUGAUUUAUUACCAGUAUUGAAGCUCUCAUUAUCCUCGGGUGUGAUGCUUUGCUUAGAGUUGUGGUACAAUGCCGUUUUAGUCUUACUGGCAGGAUACGUGAAAAACGCCACCGUUGAAAUAUCUGCAUUUUCCAUCUGCCUCAAUAUCAUAGCUUGGGAUUUUAUGGUUUUCCUUGGCUUCCUAACUGCUGCUAGCGUCCGAGUUUCGAAUGAAUUAGGGAAAGGAGAUGCAGAAGCUGCAAAGUUCGCCGUUAAAGUCAUUUCCAGUAUUUCUGUAUGUCUUGGAGUGGUCUCCUGGAUUCUAUGCCUAAUUUUUGGUCGUAAAAUCGGUUGCUUGUUCACAAGUGACGAGGAAGUUAUCGAAGCUGUUUCAGACCUCUCUAUCCUUCUUAGCUUGUCUGUCUUACUCAACAGUGUCCAGCCAGUACUCUCAGGCGUGGCUGUAGGUUCUGGUCGCCAAAGCGUGGUUGCAUAUAUCAACAUAGGUUGCUAUUUUCUGAUUGGGGUGCCUGUGGGAUGUCUUCUUGGAUACGUGGCCGAUCUAGGAAUUACGGGUCUAUGGAUUGGAAUGAUUAUUGGAGUUGUGAUGCAAUCACUUGUGCUCGGCUACGUUACCUUUAAGACUGAUUGGAAUGAACAGGUGAAGAAAGCAUCGGAUCGCCUGAGUAAGUGGCUCUUAAAACCUUCGGAUGAAUCUAAUGGACAUUCUACUGAGGAAAGUUAUGGAUGAUUAACACUAGUAUUUUUUUAUGUGUAGCAUUUCUCUUCAAAUAAUUAAUGUAAUCUUUUAAAAGAAUCAGUGAUUUUUUUUUUUUUUCAAAUAAUGUAAUCGCUUAUGAGAAAAUUAGGGAGUGUAUUUUCCUUCAAAUAACCUAAUUUCUUAGGAGAAAAUUAGGUAUAUUUUUCCUAAUUAC